CUGGACCGGGACAGGAGGGCGAACGGACGGCUCUUCUGCGGGAAGUAAACGCGCAUCAAGGGCUUUAUUUUCCCAUUUUCUACCUACUGUAUCUCGCUUUUCUUUCUCGGUUUUCCCUCCUGCUGAGAUGAGGAGUUAAUCAACAGAGGAUCAGACGCUCGCAAAGUUUUCAAGUUGUUGGAAAGAGUUCGGACAGGAGACGAGGAAGAUGUUGGGGUUAGAGGUCAUCGCGCUCUGUCUUCUUUUUGGAGCCCUGGCGCACGGCCAGCAGUCAGAGUGCAGCAAGAAGAAUGAAUGUCCCAUCGAGGUGUACUUCACCAUAGACACAUCUGAGUCCAUCGCCCUGCAGGAGCCGCCCCCUGGCGCGCUGGUCGAAAAAAUCAAGCAAUUCACUGAGCAGUUUGCACAGCGUCUGCAAGAUGCUGAACUCAAAGGUGUUGUGCAAGUCAACUGGAACAUGGGUGGACUGCACUUCUCCCAGGACCAGGAAGUGUUCAGUAACAUGACAUCCAAUAACGAUUUCAUUUCUCGCCUCAAAGGAAUCAAAUACCUGGGUAAGGGCACCCACACCGACUGCGCCAUCACCAGAAUGACGAAGGAAAUGCUGCGCACGGCGGCCUCUUCCCCAAAAGCCCUCCGAUUCGCUGUGAUCAUCACCGACGGCCACGUGACUGGAAGCCCGUGUAACGGCAUCAAAGCGGCAUCAGACAGGGCUCGUGAAGAGCACAUCCGCAUGUUCGUCGUGGCGUCAUCGAAGAACGUGGAUGAGACUGGGCUGAAGGAGAUCGCCAACCCUCCCGCUGAGGUCUACAGGAGGGACUUCAAGGCUGUGGAUAUUGUCCAGGGCAGAGUUGUCAUACAUACAGACACCAUUGACCGCAUCAUCCAAACCAUGAAACAUCUGGCGUUUGUCGAAUGUUACAAAGUGUCCUGUCUGGAGACCCCAGGGCCUGACGGUCCACUAGGCCACAGAGGACAGAAAGGAGCUAAAGGGGACAACGGAGACCCAGGUCCUAAAGGAUUGGGCGGUCGCCAAGGAGACCCUGGUAUCGAGGGUCCCAUCGGUCAGCCCGGUACCAAGGGAGAUCACGGUCAUACAGGCGAGAAGGGAGAGAUCGGAACUCAGGGGAAAAAGGGUGUUGGUGGCAUCGCAGGGCGCAACGGGACAGAUGGACAGAAGGGUAAAAUCGGACGAAUUGGCUCUCCUGGCUGCAAAGGAGACCCAGGCAACAUAGGUCCUGAUGGUCACCCAGGAGAAGUUGGUGAGCGUGGUUUAGGUGGAACUGACGGAGAAAAGGGGGAUGGCGGUCGCCCUGGAAGAGCUGGUCCUUCUGGCCCCUCCGGAGAUGGUGGACCUAAGGGAGAGAGUGGAAGUUCUGGAGCGCCUGGCUUGCCUGGACUGAAAGGAAAUCCAGGAACCCCUGGACUUGUUGGACCGAGAGGAGAGGGGGGGAGAAGAGGAGACUAUGGGCCAAAGGGGGCUCAGGGGACAGAUGGAGGAAAGGGAGACAAGGGUGAAAUGGGGCCUGAGGGUUUGAGAGGGCUUGCAGGUGAAUCAGGAAACAAAGGAACAACGGGAGACAACGGACUUCCAGGCCCCAGGGGACCACCGGGGUCAUCAGGCGAGGCCGGGAGAAAUGGUACCAGAGGUGACCAUGGUGAUGCCGGACCAAGGGGAGAAUCUGGACCGCUUGGACCAAAGGGAGAUCUAGGAAGACCCGGCUUCAGCUACCCCGGGUCGAGAGGAUCAUCGGGUGAGAGAGGAGAGAAGGGCAACAAUGGACCUCGUGGCGGCAGAGGAGACUGCGGGCCAAAGGGUGAUCAAGGAAAUAAAGGAACUUUUGGAGAAGGAGGUGAUCCAGGAUCUCAGGGUGAACCCGGCCUAAGAGGGACAAGAGGAGGGUUUGGGCGUGAUGGAAGUCCUGGUCCUGAGGGAGACCCCGGCCUCACUGAAUGUGAUGUUAUGAACUACAUCAGGGAAACGUGUGGAUGCUGUGACUGUGAGAAAAUCUGCGGACCCCUGGACAUCGUGUUUGUGAUUGACAGCUCAGAGUCAGUGGGUCUGACCAACUUCACCCUGGAGAAGAACUUUGUUAUCAACACCAUCAACAGACUGGGGUCCAUGGCCAAAGACCCUAAAUCAGAAACAGGCACACGCGUGGGCGUUGUUCAGUACAGUCACAGUGGAACAUUCCAGGCCAUCAAGCUCGACGACCCCAAGAUCGAUUCACUGUCUGCUUUCAAGGACGCAGUGAAGCGUUUGGAGUGGAUCGCUGGAGGAACAUGGACUCCAUCCGCCCUGAAGUACGCCUACGACAGCCUGAUCAGGGACAGCCGCAGAGCCAAAGCCAACGUCACCGUGGUUGUCAUCACAGACGGACGCUUCGACCCCAGAGAUGACGACACGCUGCUCACCUACCUCUGCAGGUUUCCCAACGUUGAUGUGAGUGCCAUCGGUGUCGGAGACAUGUUUGACCAGACAGAGGAGAAUGAGAGUCUGAAGAGCAUCGCCUGCCAGAAGAACGGCAGGGUGAUGGGCAUGAGCCACUUUGCAGACCUGGUGGCCGAGGAGUUCAUCGACAAGAUAGCAAAUGUGAUCUGCCCAGAUCCCAUCACCAAAUGCCCAGACCUCCCUUGUAAAUCAGGAGGGGGCGUCACUGGGGGGCAAGCCCCUCCCCCAUGGAAACCUCUGGCCGAGGAAGGCAGCCCCUCAUUGGUCCCCACCUCUUUGGAGGGUGUGACCAACCUGCUGAACGGCCUGAGCGAGCAGCAGUAUGGGGUUGGCGUGGCAACCAUGGCGUACGCAGCCCAGAGAGCCAAACUCACCCAGGGAGCGGACAGGCAGCAGUGGACCCAGCUGUUCAUCGACUCCUUCAAAUAUGUCUACGGAGACAUUAUGGGAGACCCAGAGAGAGCCUUAGGACUCUGCUAAUGCUAAUAUGCUAUCCAUGCUACCUCGCCAAUCUGGACGCCAACAACUAAUAAGCUUACUGCUGGACAUAGAAUAGAUUUUUAUUAAACUGUGGGCAUUUUUUAUUAACUCAAUGUGUGCAAUGUUCACCUGGGCUGAUGCAAAAUGAUUGCAUGAUAUGAAACUGGCCUAGUACUAACAUAUCAAAGCAGCAUUGUUUAAAGUUACUGUGUGAUGAUGGAUCGAAAUUAAAAAUGUGAUGCUUCAUCUUCUCAUAGAACAUUUCUAACUACAUACAAUGAGCUUUCUCGCAGAAAUGUAUGUCUGUUAGAAAUAUGAUACAUAUCAUUUCCUAAACCUUAGUGGAGGAACGUUCUCCAUUCCCAUUGAAUGGAUGGGCCGAUGUCGUCCUUUUGUUGGCAGAUUGGUCUGCAGAGCCAUUCAUGUUGCUCCUGUUUAGUGUACAGAGGCUCUUUGACGAAGCCUCAUUUCCACUGUGAAUCACGAGCCCGCUGAAUCACUACAAUUACUUUUUUUCCGCUGUUUUGCACAUAUCCAUGGUUACGGCCUUAACUUUUUUGUGCUCUGGGAAUGAGUCAUGUUGGUGAAAAGGCCAUGACAUUUGGAAAAUAUCUGUUUUUAUAUAUAUAACAGCAUAUGAGUCAGACGUAGGUGUAUGUUGAUGUUAGGGUAAUGGACUUGGCACUGAAAAUGAAGGGAAUAUUGUCUGGUAUGCCCUUGAUUGGUGCAUGUUUCUUUUGCAUGUGGCUUGGCUUGUAAAGUAGGAUGACUAGAGGUAAAUGACCACAGAGCAACGUUAACCAAAUGUUAGCUCUGUUACUCAAACUUGCUGAUAUGAACUAUUUUGUUUUGUACAAGAUGUAUUCAUGUUUUUAUAAUGCAAUCUAAAGAGAAUAAAAUCAUAAAGCAAACUAAAAAAGUGAUUUCUUAAAAAAGCCAGUACUGAUAUAAGAAGGUUUAAAUGGGUUUAGGCAGCUAGACUUGAAAAACACCAUGUUACCAUAUAAUUUGCUGGCUUUGGCCUACGAGCAUCUGUGUACCAGCUGUAGCUCUAUGAACGUUUUGAUUU